AUGUUGGCCCUAGCUGCCCCGUUUAGUCCUCCUUCUCCCCCAUCCGGCAUGGUUGAAGAUUGCUCAAGUGAUGAAGAUUCAGCCUUUGAAGAUGUUAGCUUGGAAGGUUCGACUUUGGAUGAAAACUAUGGCUCACACUUAAAAUUUUUCAAGGUUCAUUCUCUUGCCCCUAGGGUCGUUGAGGCAAGGAAUCAGCCAAGUGUUGAGGAACAAAUCGGUGGGAAGAUGAUUUCAAGGUUGGGAGACGAGUUAGAGGAAAAUCAAGCAAUUAUUGGACUCAAAUCUAAUGCUCGGAUAAGGAAAGGUAAAGUUGUUGAAGCCGGUAAAGAUAAUAUAGGGGUUGGCCUAAGCCGUGGUGCUGCUAUGAUGGCCGUUGGAGAGGAUCUAGUUAGCCGUGGUAGGCCUGGAUGA